ACAGGAACAACGGCUUCCGUGUUGAUCCACGUUUCUUCUCGCAGGAGUUAAAAUCGUCUUUGUUUUCUGACGAUUCAAAAUGAGGCCGUUAACAGACGAAGAGACAAAAACGAUGUUUGAGAAGCUUUCGAAAUAUAUCGGGGAAAACAUUAAACUUCUGGUGGACCGACCUGACGGUACUUUCUGCUUCAGGCUUCACUGUGACCGUGUUUACUACAUGAGUGAGAAGAUUCUUAAACUGGCAACAAAUAUCUCCCGGGACAAGCUCGUGUCCGUGGGCACGUGUUUCGGAAAAUUCACAAAGACCAAGAAGUUUCGGCUGCACGUCACAGCUCUGGAUUUCCUGGCGCCCUAUGCAAAGUUCAAGGUGUGGGUGAAGCCUGGAGCAGAGCAGUCUUUCCUCUAUGGAAACCACGUUCUAAAAUCUGGGCUUGGAAGAAUCACGGAGAACACGAUGCAGUACCAGGGAGUUGUGGUCUAUUCCAUGGCUGACGUGCCCUUGGGUUUUGGAGUGGCAGCAAAAUCCACCCAGGAGUGCCGGCGAGUAGACCCCAUGACCAUUGUUGUGUUCCACCAAGCAGAUGUGGGAGAGUUUAUCAGGAAUGAAGAGGCGCUAACAUAAAGUUCAGUCUGCAGCUGGACUGUAAAGAUGUUUCCCACCCAAACGUUAGGAGCUAAAAGGGUCAAAUGCAUUUCUUCUGUGGGGACCAGGGUUGAAAUCAGAGUAUCAGGGAUUCUUUCUGUCCCUGCCUCAGCUGGAGUACUUCUUGUUCAUGUGGGCUUAAAAGGAUGGAGCAUGUAGUACAAAAAAAAAAAAAGCAAAGACAGACUGUUUUCUUUGGUGCAGCACCAUCAUUAGGUGUUAUUACAUUUUUAUUAUUAUUAUUAUAGACUGGAAUGCUGAAGAUGCUGUGGAGCGAUCAUGAAGUGCAGGACUGCUGAGGAUCUGUUCCUUUGGGUCUAGACCAACACACUGUGGUCAGACUUGUGUUCCUCAAACUUGUCAUAAAUUCAGUAUUUUAACUUGAAGUAGCAUUUAAAAAAAUGCAUAUCACAAGAGCAAAUAGACAGAAUUUACAAAAGUUUUACUGAUAAAACAGAGCCCAGGUCAGGUUCUUCAGAUCAUGGUAGAAACAAACGGGAUGUCUGAUUCUAGUACUAAUUUAAGUUCUCGGUUCAAAGGCACCUGGAUAGAAAACACAAAAAAAAUCCUGUACCAUUCAAGAACUGAAUUCAUGGACCCUUACUCUUGUUUUGGGUGUCUCAUGCUGCUGUAUAGGGUCCUUUUUUCACUGCCAGUUAACACUCAUACUGAAAUCGAGUUGUAUCCUUUCAAUAAAAAAACAAAACAAAAAAACAACAAAAAAUCCAUUAAUCUUUUCUUCACACUGACACAACUAUAAAUUUUUAACUGCAUAACAAAUUAGAAAGAACUGCAUAAGUCUGCCUACCCCAACUUACCUGUUUGUACUGGGGGGGAUUUCACCACAGUACAAAUCAAUGGGGAAAACAUUUAAGGAUUGUGGAGCUACAGCUAAUUUAAACUUUCAUCUUUGUCCUAAAGCUUAGUCCUACAUUUCACUGGAAUCUUUUUCAGAUAGAGGCCAAAACCUCUCCCGAGUUAAUAAUAUAAUUUAUUUUAACA